AUGGAUUUCAAUGCUCCCACAACCCUACCAGAGGAUUUCAAUUGGACUUCAUCGACAUCGGGUCCUUUCUCUCAAGGCAAUGAAAUCACAUUUAAUCCUUCUGCUGAACGUCAACAUACGAAUUAUCAUAGCCUCGAAGGUUUUACCCCCUUAGACAAUGGGGGAUCAGAGCAAACACCGCAUAUAGCCGCCGAACUUCACUCGAUCCCCAACGAAGAUGUUGAAAUGAUUGGAGGCACAAACCGAAAAGCCAACAAUCAUCCUACAGUAAACCCUCCAAUACUACCCAACGCCCGACGGUCAAAACAUGGAAAUCUAGAUUGGGAAGGUCACAAAGAUGAGUUAAGGGAACUUUAUCUGGAUAAUGGACGAAGUCUCAAAGAUACAAUGCGUAUUAUGAAACAGAAGUACUCGAUGCCUGAGUCUGCGAAGUGGUAUAAAGAGCAAUUCAAAGAUUGGGGCUGGCAGAAAAACUUGCCAGGCCAGCAUGCUCAGUGGAUGAAAGAAAAGGCUGAAAAACGAAAGAGAGAAGAGGAUAAAGAUACAGUCUUCUUUUAUGGUGGUUUACGUUGGGACAAGACUGAUGCAGAGAGGAGUGCGACCAGGUCUAAAAAGGUCCGGUCUGAGUCCGAAGUGAUCGACGUUGAUACACCCGGCGACAUAUUGUAUCACACACCCACAGAUACGGCUUUAUCACCACCAAAUGCUUCUUCUUCUGUACGACCGAGGAAAGAGUUAAAGAGGAAGCACGUCGCUAAAGCUUCGUCUGUUUUUGAAACUCUCGACACGCAAUCGGACUCGGAAUCGGACAAAGAGAUUGAGGAAGCAGAAAACCUUGCCCUCAGCUGGCAAAGGCUCACGAGAUCGAAACUGGCUGCACUUUUCGGUUCUGCGCGGACGAGCGUUCAACUGGGCGAUUCCGAGAAAGCUGAAGAAAUGUUCCUUACUGCUCUUAAAGGCCAUGAGAGUGUCCUUGGAGCAACUCAUGAGGACACUUUGAAAGUGGCAUUCGCUUUUGCUUCCUUUUAUGUCGAGCAAGACAAAUUUACAAAGGCUGAUCGGAUAAUUGAAGGUGUUUCUCGCGCUCACAUCUCCAAAUUUGGUAUGCAAAAUCGGCGCACACGACAAGUUAUAUUGCAAAUAGUAGAGCUUUUGAAUGGAUGGGCGCGUCAAAACGAUGCACUCGCUUUUCUGGCACGCAGUAAGGAGAUGGCAGAAGACGAUGAUGUUUCAGAUUCGUCGAGGAGAAAAAAGAGAAUCACAAAUCGGCGAACCAGAAUAUGCAAACCUCGAGACGAGCUUUCUGCGGUCAAUCUUAUGCAUCACACCCAGGGUACAAUUUCGCAAGGUUCCCCAGCUGGGAUUGAGCACAGUAUCGAGAUGGCGCGCGCGCGUAUCGUCGCCAAUGAUGAUAGUGUCGCAACUUUCCUCAAAGCCAUUGUUCUUCAAUGUGGCAGCGAUCCUAUGGGCCUUGAGAUUCAAGGUCUGCAGGCUCGAACCGAACUUCUUCGUUUAUACAACAAAUUCGCACACAACGCAUCACAGUCCCAAGAAUUCUGGAGUGCCAUGCAAAUUGCAGAGGCAGCGACAUCUUAUCCUGGUAUCACGAAAUGGAGCAAAGAUUGUUUCAAAAGCUUCGAGCUAAUGGAAGCACUGCUUGGACUUACCGCGGCUGUUUUAAAAGGGAAUUUCGUCAUCCCUGCCGAGCGGCUCUUCAAAAGAAUCAUAACCAAAGCCGAGAAUAGCUUUGGUUGGGAUGACGAGCGUACAAUUUGGGCGAAGAUCACCGUUGGGAUCAUCUACCAGAGACACAAAGGGUGGGCUUUUGCCGAGCAAUGGUUCAAGCAUGCGCUUGCUGCUUCUGUGGCUGCGAAUGGAGAUGAAGAUGGUAUCUCGAGAGCGCUCUACGCGGCGUUGGAAAAACGGCAUUUCUCGUAUCUUUCGGAUGAGGGGAGACCGUUUAAAACGAUUUUUGGAGUUUGUGGGCUUACUAUCCGGCCGAAUAGGUUGCAUUUAGAUUGA